GUCUAUUCUCCCGCUCCACCGUCAUUGUACUCUAUGUUUUGUGGUCACUUGUGUUAUUUGUGGAAAAUGGAAUUUUGGAGGAACAAAUUUCCGUGUAAAAAGAAUUACAUACACUGUCAUGAACGCGUUGAAUCUGCACUAACCUCCAAAUACGUGAUUGUUGAGUGUACCAUGUACCAUCUCCGAUGGUGCGACUGAUACACUGAAAUUAAAAUAAAAAACUGCAACUGCAAUUGUAUGUAUAAAGGUUGAAAAUCUUGAACAGUCUUGGACCAGUGCUGUUAAAAUAUCGUUGAGGAACUGGAAAGAAGUGUAUGAAUGUGUUGAAACCCAACACCUAACAAAAAAUUGAGUGAAAAGGCUUUUUCAUGUAAGGUUUUGGAAGUGCAAGUUUGCAAAUGUAGGAUAAACUAUAAACAUACGAUCAACGUUUCCCAACUUGUCCACAGAGCCCGAGAAUCCGUAAACUUUUGUUUAGAAGAAUGUGGAUCAACACGCAUAAUUUUAAUACAUCAUAUGCUGUAGAAAUGGGGAAGCACGUUUCAAAACAAAGUCGAAUCGCCUACAAAUUGGUAAACGGCUUAAACCGCACGAUGGGGAAAUACAUGGAUUUUUUAUCUUUUUGCCUCUCUGUAACCACAACCAACAGCAACCAGCGCUGUAACGUGCUCAUUAGCAACUCAUCAGUGCGUUAUACGUCUAGUAGUCCUGCAGACACUUGAAUGGAAAGCAAACAAAUGGAUGUGAUCGUUUGAAAAACUCAAAAAUGUUGUGCGUAGGUAGGCGAAAAAUCUGACGAUUUCCAACGGCGAUCCGUUGGUAGGUGGAGAACGUCAGAUUUUCCGCCUACCUCAGCACAACUAUCUUCAACUUCAAACACAAGGAUGAAAUAGAGUGGCACCGGCCAAAUUAUUAACAUACAUCAAAAGCGUAUGUUAUGGGCAAUGCAGGUAAUUGGUCGCUGACGUUAAUGACCGAGUAUUGACGUGAAAGCCUACUGCGGACGGGCAAUGUUGUAUUGUGGUAUAUCCAUUCACGUUGAUGGCUAAGAAGGACCUGGUAAUGGUACAAAGGCGAACGGGUAAAAAUACGUAUUAAUUAUAGGCGUGGAAGUCAAAAUGAAAGAGCGAUAUUUGGAUAAAUUCAAAAAUGAGGUGAUAACAUGUCUAACACGGAAGUAUGAAAUUAUAGAAGAAAUGAGAAUUCAGUCUAGAAUAAAAAUCGUAGGAUACAAGACCAGCGAAAAACCUACACCAAAAAUAAUAAAAGCAAUAAUCGUACGGGAAACUUUUUUCCGUAGAUAAUAUCAAAAUAACAUACACUAACUAUAUUAAACCAAACAAUUCUUACACAAUAUUUGCAGAAUCGACUGGAGAUCUAUUCAAAAUUAUACUUAAUGAAAAUGAAGGUAGGCUGUUGUUGGACUGGCAGACGCUAAAAGUAUACAAUAAUAAUAUAACUAGCCAAUGUAAACAUUGUUUCAGAUUCAAUCAUAGCACUGUUAAGUGUAAGAAUUCGAAAGUUUGUUAUAAAUGUGGCCAAACCCAUGAUGGUGGUAUGUGCAAGACAAAUUCAUUAUCAUGCCCAAAUUGUAUUUUUCCAAAUUCAAAGUACGAACAAUCAAAUAUUAUAACCCAUCAAGCUUCAGAUCAAAAUUGUCCAGUAUUCAAAUAUUAACAAGACCAAUUUUUAUCAAAAAUCGAAUUUUAACUAUUUACCUAUUUAAAAACGUAUCAUUUAUUUAUUGCUUUUUAUUAAUCUUCAUUAUUAAUAAAAAAUAUUAAUUAUUUUCGGACUUUAUUUGCCCAUAUGAAUGUUAGAUCACUUACGUCAGGAUUCGAGUCAGUGAAAAAAUAUAUAUUUUGGAUUCUAAUACUGACGUAUUUGGCGCCACUAUCGAUUCAAACACCAUAAUGAUUAAAAAAUUAUCAAGUGGAGAGGGUAGAUCGAAGUAGCAGAGGUGGAGAUAUAAUUUAUAUUAAAGACAGCAUAAAAUACAUUACUCUUUAUAAAAACAUUGAUGUCAAUAUUAAACAGUUAUGGAUACAGAGUAAAUUAUACGGAAACACGUAUAUUAUUAUUAUCAUAUAUAGGCCACCUAAAGGGAAUAUAAAUUGAAGAUUGACCUUUUCUCACACGGUAAUAUUAUAGACAUCUUGUCAGAUCUAUUGGAAUCUUACAAUUUAAAGCAAAUUACAGAUACUCCAACGAGAAUCACAUCUACAACUCAAACACUAUAAGACUUGGUCAUAUUGAGGAAAACUGUGAGCUUAAUUCAUCAAGAAGCCAUUCAUUUACAUGAAAAUUUUGAUCAUAAUCUAGUCUCUGGUACCUUUGAUAAAGAAAAUAG